AUGAGAUUCGACAUGACGUCCUCGCGCGCAUUUGCGCUCCUCUGCCUCUUCGCCGGCGCCGAAGCAACUCACCACAACCAUCAUGCACACGACCAUAUCCACAGCGACGGCAGGAUGAAGGAAUCGCUCGUCAAGAAGUCCGGAAAAUGCAAAUUUCCCUCUGAUGCCGGGUUGGUCGCCAUCACUCCGGGCGCUGUCAAUGAAGGUUGGGCUAUGAGUCCGGAUGAAUCGUGUGCCCCGGGUAAUUACUGCCCGUACGCCUGUCCUCCAGGUCAGAUGUCCAUGCAAUGGGACCCUAAGGCCACUUCGUACUCUUAUCCGAUGUCGAUGAAUGGCGGUCUCUAUUGCGACGAGGACGGAGAGAUCCAGAAGCCAUUCCCAGAUAGGCCUUACUGUGAAGAUGGUACGGGUGCCGUGGGUGUCCAGAACAAGUGCAGGUCGCCAGUCUCCUUCUGCCAAACGGUACUUCCCGGAAACGAGGCCAUGUUGAUCCCGACUUUGGUCAACGAGUUGGCCACUCUCGCUGUGCCAGACCCCGACUAUUGGUGUGAAACCUCUGCCCACUUCUAUAUCAACCCGCCAGGCGUUCAAUCCGAAAUCGCUUGUGCCUGGGGCACUUCAUCCAACCCAUACGGCAACUGGUCUCCUUACGUAGUCGGCGCAAAUACCGACAAAGACGGCCAUACAUUUGUCAAGCUUGGCUGGAACCCGGUCUAUCUUGAGCCCGCUACGCCUUUCCGUAACAUUGUUCCUAACUUCGGUGUUGAGAUCCAAUGUGAAGGCGGCAACUGUGAAGGCCUUCCCUGCAAGAUUGACCCUAGCACCAACGACGUUAAUGAAAUCACCGGUGAAACCAGUACGGACGGUGCUGGCGGUGGUUCGUUCUGUGUGGUGACUGUUCCUAAGGGUGAAAAGGCCAACAUUGUCGUUUGGGAGAAGGAUUUCAUUGGCGGUGACGAUGAUACCUCGUCCACCACGGUGGCCAUCCCAACAAGCACUGCCAGUUCGACUUCCAGCACCAGCACCAGCACUUCGUCAUCCACAAGCUCGACUGCCUCCACCACCACGCAGCAACCAAGCAACACGCCUUUCUUGAGUCUGGACCUGGGUAUCUCGAUUGGAAUGUCGACCAGCGUCCGCUCUGCAUCGGCCACUUAUACCUAUGAGCCCCAUGUUUUCAUCGAGUCGGGAACUGCUGCAACUGUAUCUGCAACGCCUGCCGUGCAAACAGCCAAUCCUUCUCCGACGGCCCAGGACAGCACCGAGGACAGCGAUAAUGGUGCUGCCACGACGACUGUUUCGCUAUUCGUUGUAAUGUUGGGUGUUUGCGCUGCUGUGUUGCAGCUGUAA